GUAAAAUGAGAGGGAGUAUGGAUCGUUUAAGUAUUGAAUCUAACUAUUUCGUGUGAAUGUUUAUGUCAGUUGAAAAUAAUUCAUUCUCUCAACAAUGAAAAAAGUAAAACCGCAGUCUACAGUAUUGCCGGAUAAACUUGUUUCUUAUUUUCUAAGGUGCACACUGGAGUUCCUGCGGAUCAAAUACCGUUUUUCAAUAAAAAUGUCAGUGGCAAGGGCGGACCUAACGCUACAAAGAGGACAGCAUAAGUAAUCAUAUAGCCAAAUAUCGACCAUAUACAGAUUAAACGGGUGGAAUAAUAGGACCAAUGACUUCUCUAUGUGCGGGUCUGCCAGCCCUUACACUGGUGACUCUGCUGUGUGGCGUACCAGCAGCAACAGCAGGAGAACAGUGUACUGCAUACUCAGAAGUGGGUAAAGUUGUCCAGUUGGGUUCAAGUUUUCGCAUAUACUGCAACUUUUCUACAAACCCUUGCCAUGGAAGGAGGUCUAUUCACAUCAAUCGGAAAGAGGUCAAUUCUCGUAUAGAUCACAAUGCUACAAUAUCAUCUUUCCAAGUUACAAAUAUUACAGAGAAUAGAGUCUUCUUCACCUGCAAGUGUACAACCUCUUCUAAAGAAACAAGACUUUGUGGAAUUGAUGUUGAUGCUGGGUAUGCACCCUUGACACCUCAGAACUUGACAUGCAUUCAAAAAGAGGGAUCUGGAAAUGUUACAUGCUCAUGGAAAAAGGGAAGAGAGACUCACCUCCCAACCAUAUCAGAGUUCUGGCUGAGAACAUUAGCUCCUGAUGGCACGGCAAUGGUCAGCUCUAUACUUGGAUCUGGCUCUGUGACAUUUCCCAUCCUUGAACCCCAGGGGUUCUACUCUGUGUGGGUCAAUGAGACAAACCAACUGGGCUCUGCAGUCUCCAGCAGCUUGAAUUUCUCACUCAAUGAUAUAGUUAUGCCCCUGCCCCCAGAGAUCAAUGAGGUGGAUUGCUCCUCUCGACAUUGUGUACUCCACUGGGACAGAGGACAGGGCCCACUACGCAUGGAGGUCCAGUAUCGGGCUGUGCAAGAAACCUGGACUACCCACCGCUUCACUCAGGCAAAAGGAAACAGGACCUGGGGCAUCAAGGACCUAGAACCAUUCAUGUUGUAUGAAAUACGGGCCAGGUGCAAGCUAAUGCCGGAGAGAGGUGUAUGGAGUGAGUGGAGCACUGUCCUCACCACCAGAACUGAUGAAGAAGUUCCACGUACGAAGCUGGACAUAUGGUACACUGAACAGUCGCCCAAGUCCCAAAACACAUCUCUUACUGUGCUCUGGAAGGAGCUAAAUAAAUCUGAGGCAGGUGGAAGGAUUCUUGGGUACAGGCUAGAGGUUCAUGAUCUGCAGCAGGGGAGCACUAGAGUAUACACCACCAACAGCAGUGCUGGCUGGCCAAUCGCCUGCACUCGUUGCAAUGUCACACUCUCUACCUACAACUCCAAAGGCCACUCACCCCCUGCCUGCAUGACCUUACCUCUUCAUACAGACCUGCCCGCCUUUGCCCCUCAGAAUGUCCUGUGCAUGCCCAAUAGUAACAGCAGCAUCGCCAUCUCCUGGCAGAAACCUGCCACUGCGGGGCAUGUGAGCGGGUACCUAGUGGAGUGGUGCCCAGCUAAAAGGGGGAAGCAGGGGCUCAAGUGGAAAAGGAUAAAUCCUGACCAGCUCAGCACUGUCAUCACAGAGAACAUACAUCCAGGUGAAUGCUAUCAAGGGGCCGUCUACGCUCUGUAUAAGGACAGGAUUGCUGGAAAGACCAGUUUCUUGGAUGUGUUCUCAUUGGAGUCAGCUCCAACACAGGGCCCUACUCCCUCUGUGAAUGUGGGAGAUGGGAGAGUGACUGUGACCUGGACAGAGAUCCCAUUGGAACACCAGAGAGGCUGUCUGAAGAGAUACACAAUCUACCUUGAACGGGCAAGGGACAGGACCAUUCAAAAGUAUGGUCCAAUAGACCCUUCUUUGAGAAGUUACAGUGCUUUCAGUGGCCUACACCCCGGAGAAAGAUACAACUUGUCAAUGACAGGCAGCACAACUGCAGGAGAGGGACGCAGGGGAAAGCCCGUCGUCUUUUUCUACCCACGCCAUAAACAGCAAGACCAGCAGGUCCUUUAUGUCAUCAUUUUUGCUGGUUGCACACUCUUUCUGUGUGUCCUCGUGGUCAUGAGCUUGUGUCAGAUCUCAUCAGUACGGAAAAGAGUUUCAAUGUGUUUCUUUUGCUCAAUGCCCGAUGUUCCCGAUCCUGCCAACAGCAAAUGGGCAAAGGAGUGUGCAGCAAUCAAGGGUCUGAUGCUGGACAACCAGUUUAGCCUGGAUGACUCCAGUCAAAGUGAGGAGGAGCCUCAUACCUUGGAGAUACAGGAAUUUCCGAUGCCAUGGGAUUUGGCAAACCCAGAGCUCAGCAGAACUUCUGACCCCGAUGGGGGCACCACUGAUCUGUGCCUCCUGCUCCCACCCAACCACAGCCCAUCACAGGCCUCGCCCCUGUACGACGGCCAGCUGACCUUCUCCUACAUAAAGAGCUUCUCCCAUGAUUCAGACAGCUCAGAGCAGACUCAGGAGUCCAAGGGCACGGAUGUCACCGUGGACUACAUCUCCCCCCAAGGGCUGCUGGCUGAUAGCAGUGAGGUGGAGGCAGAGAACGACUGUCUGGGUGACAUGAACUUUUUCCCUUGUCCCCAGAGCCCCUUCCUGGAGCCCAUGUUUCAAUGUGGGGGGAAACUGACUUUAGACGCAGUGAAGAUAGACUGUAGUUUCCUGGACUGAACUUAAACCUCUAGUUUCUAUUCACCAUGCCCAAAAACAAGUUUUUCUUUGCACAGGCACAGGGUGACAAGUUCCAGAAUUUGUUUAAAAACACUAAACGUUCCCAUGCAGCCACAAACUGUAAAGUAAAUUCUGUGGAAUGGGAAAAUGAUUUUGCAGUUUGUGUAUCAUACAUGAUCAGACAAUGUUCUGUCAUCUUAAUAUUCAAUCAGAACAUAAUGUUUACAUGGAGGAAUAUUCAAAUGCUUAAUUAUGAAAUGUAACAAUCCUAGCCUUUAAAACCUAGCCUACAGAAAUUUCUUGAUAUGUAUUUUUAAUCCAAGAGUAAAUGCAGAUCACACAGAAAGCAAUUAUAUAGUUGAUUUUCACAGUAAAAUUAAUAAAACCUCACCUCACUACAUGUUUUUCCAGCUGCAAAUACUGGGAUACAAGCAAGGUACACCUGAGAUACUUUGAUGAGGACAUACAGAUGGGUAACAAAUUAAAGGAAAAACCUGAGUAAAAGAGUGGAGGAACAUAACAAAUUUAGAUGCUUCCAUGCAAGUGUACUGCAUGAUACAAUUAAGCAACUAACAUCCUAUCAUGCUCUGUGGCAUGUAUAAAAAUGCUGAGCAGGCCCAGUUGACCUCGUUUUUGAACAAGAUGGCAAGAGGAAAAGAUGUAAGUGACUUUGAAGGAGGGUUAAUUAUUGGAUGGCAGGAGCUUCAGUCACAAACACUGCUCAACUGGCUAGUGGUUCAAUAGGAACAGUGACUAAAGUGACAUCUGCAUCUAGAUCUAUGGGAAAGACAUCAGUAUAUAGGGUUAGAAAUUGUGGUCAGAGGCACAGUUGAUAACUGUGAUGCUUGUGCAUUUGUGCAUUAUGUAAGGAAAAUGAGAAUGUCAAUUCAGGGCGUGAUCAGACUGUCAGCAAGAACAGUCCAUCAACAACUACAUAGAGAGCGAUUUUAUAGCAGGGUCCCUCUUUACAAAGGCGAAUGCACAUUUGAGUGUUCAGUGGUGUAAAAACCCUAAGCACAGGUCUGCAGAAAAGUGAAAAAAGUGAUAUGGUCAGAUGAGUCAUCUUUCACCAUAUUCUCGACAAGCGUGCGAGUGCAUGUGUGGCAUACACCAAGAGAACGGUACAGGCCUGAAUGCUUGACACCAACAGUGAGGGGGUCUGGUGGCUCUGGUAUGCUGAGGGGGGAAUUUUCCUGGCAUGGCAUUGGAAAAAUGCGCUAUAUAAAUGCAGUUCAUUUACCAUUUACAAGGCCACAUUAAUACAGAAAUUUGCAGCUAUUCACCAGCUUUCAACCACUUACUUCAGCUUUUUAAGAUCGGUUGUGGCAGACAUUCGAGGAAUCUGAACCUUACACCUGGACCUUGCGCUUCUUGGUGUUUGCAGGGUCUGAUGUUUUUUGCCCUACAGCUCAUCUAGCAUUUUCAUCCCUUCCUUUUUGGAAUUGUUUUUUUUGGAGGUUUAUGAAGUUUGAUCUUGGUUUUACUUGGGUCCAUUUUGGGAAGAAAAGGCUGUGGUUUUGUAUUUUCCUUCAUUUCUUUUGUCCAUGUCUGUAACGUUCAUUAAGGUAGUUGACCUUCAUCUUUAGAUUAUAUGUAUAUUGUUAACUUAAUACAUUUCUUAAUCAGGUUGAGUAGAACAUUUUGAUGAGAUUUAAUCAAACAGAUUGCUCUGCCUAUCAACAAAUCCAGUGAUUUAACGAAUUACUAAAUUAAAUCAAAUAAAUACA